CGCAGAAACAGUGAGCACACUGAUUGCAAACACGGAAAUGGUAGAGUGAGAUACAUCCAUCCGCAUAAUUAUGUUCCAUGUCUAGUUGUAUGCAUUUUAAGCAUCCGUGUUUAAAAACACACAUUGCCCGUGAAACACAUAACCGGGUAGUGUGUAAGACAUCUUUUCUCUUGUUCGAUGGAUCUAUUGCAGCUUCUGUCAUGGGCCUGCAUCGUGUUCACCGUCGGGAUGUUCUCGACUGGACUGACCGACCUGAAGAAGAUGAGAGAAUCAAAAAGUGCUGACAAUAUUCAGUUUCUCCCUUUCCUCACCACAUGUCUUAAUAACCUGGGCUGGUUAUAUUAUGGGAUUCUAAAGAGCGAUCAGACCAUUAUCCAUGUCAACGUUAUCGGAGCUCUACUCCAGAUCCUCUACAUCAUUGUGUACCUACACUACACAAAACAAAAGAGGCUGGUGAUGGUCCAGACUCUAGCAGCAGGGAUGGUGCUGACCUGCAGUGGGUUCUACUUCACCACGAUUCUUCCAGAAGGAUAUACUCGGCUUAACCAGCUGGGCCUCACCUGCAGCGUGGUGACCGUCAGCAUGUACCUGUCCCCACUCACCGACCUGGUAAAGAUAGUGCAAAGUGGUGAUGUGCAGUGCUUGUCCUUCCCUCUGACUGUAGCCACCUUCUUUACUUCCACCUCCUGGGUGCUGUAUGGCCUUCAGCUAAACGAUCCCUAUAUUGUGGUCCCUAACACGCCUGGGAUCUUUACCAGCCUCAUCAGAUUUUAUCUGUUUUGGAGAUUUGCGGCUGUCAAUCAAAGUUCACCUUCCUUUAAGUCCAUGCAGAUAUGAUGACGUGAGGGGUGUCAGUUAUGAAAAUGAAAAGAAUUGCAAGAUCUGUUAAAUCCAUUGAGGGCUGCAGCGAUCCAUUUCUUGUCUUUUAUUUUUAAUAUACAGAGAGACAUUGGAGACAAACAAACUUGUGUUUGUUGUCAUUUCAGGAAGGUAAAGCAUAUAAGUUACUCAAAAACUAUGUCUUUGAUUCAACAGUUUAUUUUUCUGCAGUUAUUUGUUAAACCUGUGUCUCCUCUCCAUGUCCUUCAAGUGCCUUUUGUUAUAUAUCCGUUUGCCAUUAAAGAUGAAUGGCAUUUACUGACCUACCAACAUGUCAGGAGACAUGUCCGAUCCAGUGAAUUGGAUUUAAUCCUCCUUGCCUCAUACUUGCCAAAGAUUUUGUGGAGUUGUAACCUGCUAGAAGCUGGUUUCAUAUUUUUCCCUGAUGGGGCAACGAUGAUUUCCUAUCCCUUAAGAGUUGGUACUCAUGCUUCUGUUUCACAGUGCAGACAUAAUAAUGAGUCAUAUCAGUGACAGUAAGUAAUAUUUGUUAUUUUUUCAGAAUUGUUUUCUAUAUAUUUUACGUUCGAGUCUUUUUGAUACAGAAAAUGUAUGUUGGGUUAUGUCCAACUUUUGAUAGUACUUGUAUUGCUAAUGCUAUUUUUUUAAGCAAUUGUAUGAGAUUAAAUAAAAUAAGAAAAUAAGUUAACAUCAUAGGGUCUGUUUACAAGAAAGAAUCAUGUUUAUUUUUCUGGUUGUCAUGGGUAAUAGAGUCUCGCUUGUCUCCUCAUUAUGUUCUGUAAUAAGGACAUAUGUUAUGAAAAGUAAAUUUACUUGUAAAGGAUGUAAGAUCUUUAAAGGUUUCCUGUAAAUACAUUUUUUACA